AUGGCUAAAAUAGCUUCUGCCUUAUAUAUUCAUCAGAAGGAUAAAAAGUUGUUAUAUGUAUCGAUUCUGACGUCUCCGACAACCGGUGGAGUGACUGCUAGUUUUGGCAUGUUGGGAGAUAUCAUUAUUGCCGAACCUAAAGCGUACAUAGCAUUUGCAGGUAAAAGAGUAAUCGAACAGACAUUAGGUCAGAAAGUUAUUGAAGAUUUUCAGGUGACUGAGCAUUUAUUUGGUCAUGGUUUAUUUGAUCUGAUUGUUCCACGUAAUCUCUUAAAAGGUGUUCUGAGUGAACUAUUUCAGCUUUACGGUCUUCCUCGUAUAAAAAAAUGA